UAUCAUAAACCGCACAACAAUAAUGCAGAAGUAUCUUACAAGACCAAGAAAAUUACCACGGCAGUACCAACGCGCCUCCCAAGGCCAUAGCUACCAUCCAGAUCCCAACCACCGAGCCAACACCCUCCCACACAGAAUUCCCGUUCCUCCCGAUCAGGCUGUUGGCAGCAUUGGUCGCCGUCUCGCUAGCCUCAGCCUCAGCCUUGGCUUUGGCCGCCGCCGUCUCCUUUGCCGCAUUCUCAAGAUCACUCUCAUGAUACAAGAGAGUGACAACCGGCAUUAUAUACAUCGCCGUCAUCGACUCCUUUUCCUCGCCGUCUAGGUUUGUCGUGUACGUGCGGACAGUUGUCUCAGUUGCAGUGGGGACAUCGUAGGUGCCGACGCGGGUGAUCACAUCAGUCUCGCUUCCCUCGUCGUCGCUGUAUGUGUAUGUCAUCG